CAAAAAAUCUACUCCCCAUUUCCACUCUUGUUUACAGCAAAUCAAAACGAAAUGGAGGGUUGUUUUUAAAGAGCUCAAAAUAACAAAUAAAAAAAAAAUACCUUCAAAUGACAGAUAUUUGGUAACCACACUCCAAUAAGGAAAAAUAGAAAUAACAGUAAAUAGAAAAUCCAUGAAAACUUGUAAUAUUUUUGAAAUAAAAUUAAAUAUUAAAAAAUUACCAAAUCAAAAGAAAAACGCGUAGAAAAAUUGUGUUUAGUUGUUGGUCAUGUCGUUGGAGGAUCCCUUCUUUGUGGUGAAAGAUGAAGUUUUUAAAGCUUUGAACAAGACUAGAGGUCUAUAUUUACGUUGGCGUGAACUCGGUGAAAAUUGCAAUAGUGCUGAAGCUGAAUGGACCACAAAUGAAUUAAGGAACUCAUUACGUAGCAUUGAAUGGGACUUGGAAGAUUUAGAAGAUACAAUUAGUAUAGUUGAAAAAAAUCCAACUAAAUUUCGUAUUGAUAAUAGAGAACUAUCUAGUCGCCGGCAUUUCAUCGACAACACUCGCGAUGAAGUCAAACAGAUGAAAGAGAAAAUGAGCCUGAAUCGUGCUCGAGACAGGGAUAUAACAGCACAUCAGCCACUUUUGGAUGAACACAAUAAACAGCAGCAACACGAAAACAAUUUAGAAAACGAUCAAAAUUCAACGAAUAAUUAUAACUAUCAUCAGCAUCACAACUUAAACGAUCGUACACAUUUAGUCGAUUGUUCCAAUUUAACAUCGCAUACUUUGCUAAACGGCGGUGCAAAUAACGCUGGUAACGGUAGUGGCGGAGGAGGUGGUGGAAAUAGUGUAGCAAGUACUUUAGCCGGCACAAUGGCAGCGGUACGUCACAGUGGCGCAAAAUAUUCCAAAUUGGAAAAUGCAUUAGACAGCCCGGGACAUUAUAAUACUUUGGAUAGUCCGUCGCACAGAUUCGUGGGUGAAACGGUGUCGGUGCAACAGCGCAUGAUACAGGGACAAGAUGAACAACUGGAUAUGAUAAGUGAUUCGAUAGGAACCUUGAAGACUGUAUCACGUCAAAUAGGUGUGGAAUUAGAUGAACAAGCUGUAAUGUUGGAUGAUUUUGGUAAUGAAUUUGAAACAACUGAUUCGAAAUUGGAUUCAACUAUGAAGAAAAUGGCCAAAGUUUUACAUAUGAAUAAUGAUAAACGUCAAUGGGCUGCUAUUUUAAUUCUGACAACGGUUUUAUUAAUUGUGAUAAUUUUAUUUAUUGUUUUGUAAAUUAAUAUUAUUUUUCAAAUCAAACUAAUUAAUUUUUCAGUUGUCUUACGCUAAAGAAGAUUAUUACUAAUUUUUACUUUAAGUCUAAAUAAUAAAUAAUUUCGCUAUUUUUUGAAAAUAUUUUUUUUUUUCAAAUAACCAGCAUUCUACUGUAAUUUGUUUUUUAUUAUUAUUAUUAUUAAAUUAUAGCUACACACAUAUUAGUUAAUGAAAUUAAAUACCGUUCCAUUGCAAUAGUUAUUUCCUAAUUAAUAUAAACCUUAUAAAUUUACUUUAUGUAGUUUUAAUUAUAAUUUUACUCUACACUAAAACUAUUAUCGAUAUUAAUUUUUCAUGUCAAAAAUCACCUUGUACAAUGUAUUUAUUAAUUAUUCUAUAUAACAAGAGACAAACACAAACAAACAAACAGAUCUUACUAACUAAAUAUAUAUCAACACAAGACAUCUUAAUCGAUUAUAUAAAUGACAAAAUGAUAUUUAUUAUAAAGAAUAACAACAAAAAACAAAACAGAUUAUAACCCCUUAAUUUAAUCCUGAAAACAAAACUAUAUAAAUUUAAGUAACAGAAAAAAGCAAAGAAUGUGUAAUUAAAAUGAUAACAUAUAUUAUUAGAAAUUAUGUAUAAACAGUUGGAAAAAAUAUAAAAAAAAUAUAUAUAUAAACGUUGUUUUUACUAA